AUGCCUGAUUACGCCAAGAACCAGCCCGCCAGCUUCAAAAACGCCAUUGAGAGAGUCGCCAUUGUCGGCGCCGGAGGCACUGUUGGAUCAAACAUCGUCGCCGCUCUGCUUAAAACUGGGAAACACACAGUUACGGCCCUCACCCGCAAAGAUAGCAGCAACAAACUCCCCGAGGGCGUCGUAGCCGCCCCAGUCGACUACGAUGACGAGGCCACCAUUGUUGCCGCCCUCAAGGGCCAGCAAUUCCUUAUCAUCACCAUGGCCCCUACUGCUCCCCGCGACACCCACAGCAAGCUCGUCCAGGCGGCCGCUAAGGCUGGUGUUCCCUACAUCAUGCCCAACGGGUACGGCGGCGACAUUGACCACAUUAAACUCGGCCAGGACACGCUGCUGGGGCCCAUGGCCAAGGCCAACAGGGACGAGAUCGAGAGGCUCGGCAUGCAGUGGAUCACGGUGUGCUGUGGGUUUUGGUACGAUUACAGCUUGGCCGGCGGGGAGGCGCGCUUCGGGUUCGACUUUGACAAGCGUUCUCUGACCAUUUACGACGAUGGCAACACCAAGAACUCUACUUCGACGUUAUCGCAGGUUGGUCGCGCUGUGGCCAAGGUCCUGAGCCUGAACGUGCUGCCUGAGCACGAAAACGAUACGAGCCUUACUCUGUCGACGUUCCUCAACAAGGGCGUGUACAUCAAGGGCUUUGUCGUCAGCCAAAACGACAUGUUUGAGAGCGUCAAGCAUGUCACUGGUACCACUGAAGCUGACUGGACGAUAACUCACGAGGACACCAAGAAGCGAUACGAAGAGGGCCUGGCGCUAGUCAAGAGUGGUAACAUGGCCGGUUUCAGUAAGCUGCUCUACGCGAGGGCGUUUUACCCGGAUGAUCCGAGUGAAUUCUCGGCCAAGGCCGAGAAUGAGCUGCUUGGUUUGCCGGAGGAGAGCCUGGAUGAAGCUACCCAGGUUGGGAUAGAUCUGGUCAAGGAACUUGAGCGUCGUCCUGAGCGUAUGGCCUCAUAG